AUGGGGUGCAUACGGCGCUGGAUCAUGCCUUUGACGGUUGUCAUGUUGCUGUUCAACAUGCUGGGCGGGGUCAUGUGCGCCAGUCCUCAAGCGACCCCCAAGAAGCAGAAGCUGGCGCUGUGCGCGCCUGUCAAGGCUCUGACCAGGUCGUGCACCUCCAAGGCCGGCCCAACCGCUCUUAUGGAUCAGCUGUGCAGCGAGCUGCUUGCACCCGCCAACGCAACAGCUGACAGCAAGGACCCCACCAAGCUGCACUACGGCUGCGGCGUGGCUACCACCGUACAGGUCAACAAAAUGUCUGAUGACAUCGCGGCCCUGAACACUAGAGUCGCCGCCGCCACCACCCAGGCCAGCUCUGUUCAGGCCACCUUCGUCCAGGAAAGCAACCAGACAGCCACGCUGCGCGCCCUGAUAGACGAGCUCAAGGCGUCAAUCGUCGUGAUCGCCGCCAACGUCCAGAAGCUGCAAGCAAACCCGCCGGCCAAUGCUUCCGCCCUGGGCAAUAUCACUCGAGAGCUUGCCGCCCUCGCAGCGGCCGACGCGCGCACAGCCCAGCAGGUGGCCCUGCUGGAGGCGGCAAACCAGACCGCGGCACAGGACAUCGCGGCGCUCAAGUCUACUUCGCAGCAGUGCACGUGCGGCCUUGAGCUCUCGACUGUUAACACCACCCUGGCCGCCAUCAAGUCAGCCCAGGCGGCGGACGCGGCGGCCGUCUCCCUGGCCAACGCCACCGUUGAGUCCCUGAAGGCCCAAGUUACCACGGGCGCGGCAGCCAUCGCGUCAGUCAACACCAGCAUCGCUGCCCUGACGGUCACUGUGGCCAACGUGACUGCCAUUGACUUCACUGUCUUCGCGAGAACCACCGACCUGGCCAACAUCAACGCGGUCAGCCUGGGGGGCGUGCCUGCGGCGCAGUACCUGCGCUCGCGGGUGGUGAUCUACAGCGGGCCCCUCCCCGUGCUGGGCGACCCAGCGCACGCGCAGCUCACCGCUUCGCUGCGAUCGCUGCCCGGCCGCCUUCCGGCCGCGCCCACGGCCAUCCUGCUGUGCAGCGCCCACUUCGAGGCAGCGCAGCCCACGGUCAUUGCGGAGCCGCCGUCGCAUCUCCUGUAUGACUACGGCGGCUUCCCACCAGAGAGCUACCAGCUGCAGUACCGCCCGCCAGGCCAGUCGGCGCUCGCACAGUCGGUGCUGCGGCUGCUCAGGGGUGCGGGCUUUAAGCCUCAGCUGGAGUCGUCUGGCCGCGGGCUGGACCACGGCGCGUUCAUCCCCCUCAUGCUGAUGUACCCCUCCGCCGCCAUCCCUGUGGUGGAGCUGUCCAUACUUGCGUCACUGGCGCCAGAGGACCACGUGCGCAUGGGCGAGGCACUGCGGCCGCUGCGUGACGAGGGCGUGCUGAUAGUCGGCUCGGGGUCCUCCUUCCACAGCAUACCAGAGAUCAUCCGGGCGACGCGCGGCCGCCCUGGGAGCGCGCUGGUUGGGCAGGAUUUCGACGACUGGCUGGCUGACGCGUGCACCGCGCGCACCGGCGCCGCGCGCGCCGCCGCGCUGGCCUCCUGGGCGUCCGCCCCCGGCGCGCGCGCGGCGCACCCCCGGGAGGAGCACCUCAUGCCGCUGCUGGUGGCCGCCGCGGCGGGCGGCGGGGACGCGGGGCGGGCGGAGCGGGUGAUGCUGGGGACGUGCGUGACGUCAUCGUUUGUGUUUGGGGAGGAGGCGGAGGGGGAGGGCCAGGCCGUGGCGGGCUGA